UGACCUGCAGGAACGUAGACAAUAUGAAUACUCCUUGUCUUCAGGAACAACCUUAAUUUAUGUACUAGUCAAUUAUUCCCUCUCUGAAUCCUUCAUUACUAUUCAAAUAAGCGUUAUGUUCAAGCAAUGUAACUGGCAUCAUCUAUGGAGGCUCGUCUCUCCAUUUUCAUCUGUUUCAUCUUGCUCUCCUUCCUCUUGAAACCCUCCUUAGCCAUUGACACCAUAGCUCCAAACCAGAAUCUAACAGACACUGGUGAAACUCUUGUUUCUGCAGGUGGACACUUUGAAUUAGGCUUCUUCAGUCCCUGGAAUUCAAACUAUCGAUACAUUGGAAUAUGGUUUAAAAACGUUCCACAACAAACAGUUUUUUGGUUGGCCAACAAAAACAACCCGCUUACAGAUUCUUCUGGUGUCCUUAUGAUCACUGCCACCGGUAACGUUAUCAUCCUGAGAAACCAAUCAAGCAACCCUGUCUGGUUUUCAAAUUCAUCGACAAGCUCAAAUAAUCCAGUUUUGCAGCUCCUAGACACAGGGAACCUUGUUGUCAAAGAUGUUUCCGGUGAAAACUAUAUAUGGCAAAGCUUUGAUCAUCCCUGUGACACAUUGAUACAAGGCAUGAAACUCGGAUGGAAUCUACAAACUGGCGACGGCUGGUACCUUAGUUCUUGGAGAAGUCUUCAGGAUCCAUCUACAGGGGAUUAUACAUACAAAGUUGACCAUCAGGGUCUUCCAGAGUUAUUUGUUCGCAAAGGAACAGAAAUAUUGUAUCGAAGUGGCCCUUGGGAUGGUCUCCGAUUUGGUGGCAGCCGUAGAUUUGAAGAAAACGCAGUUUUCAAUCCUCUUUUUGUUAGCAAUGCCGAGUUGAUUUACUAUUCAUUUGAAAACCUUGACAAGAAUACCAUUUCAAGAUUUGUGUUGAACCAGUCAGGUGUGGUUGAACAUCUAACAUGGAACGACAGGCGUGAUGAGUGGGCAGUAAUAAUGAUUAUGCAGACUGUCCGAUGCGACGAGUACGCUCUUUGCGGUCCUAAUGGAUUUUGCGACAUAAACAGGGAUUCUGUUUGCUAUUGUCCGUUUGGGUUUACCCCAAGAGUGCCACAAGACUGGAAUGCUUUAGAUUGGUCUGAAGGGUGUGUUGCAAGGACUUCCUGGAAUUGUAGCUCGGCCACAAAGUUCUUUAAGUUUACGGGUCUGAAGUUGCCAGACCAUUCAGAGAUUUUGGACAGUAACUCUACGAUGACUAGAUUGGAGUGUGAGCAGGCUUGCUUGAGGAACUGUUCCUGCGUAGCUUAUGCUAAGGUUGAGGUUAGUGGAUGUGUGAUGUGGUUUGGGAGUUUGAUAGAUAUUAGACAGUAUAGCCGAGAGGAAUAUGGGCAGGAUCUGUAUGUCAGGAUGGAUGCUUCAGAGUUUGAAUCCAAUAAGAAUGGCAAACGAAGGGCUGUGAUCAUCUCCAUAUCGGUAGUUUCAGGAGUUCUGUUGCUGAUGACAUUAACCUGGUGCUAUCUUACUCGAAAGCGAGGCUUGAAGAAGAGUCCAGCCCAGGAAAUGAACAAUCCGCAUGAAUUUCAUCCUAAUCCUGAGGAAGAAGAUCUGGACUUACCAUUAUUUGACUGGCUAACAGUUGCAUCUGCCACCAAUGACUUUGCUUUCACAAAUAAGAUUGGUGAAGGUGGCUUUGGUCCUGUUUACAGGGGUAAGCUCAAAACAGGGCAAGAAAUUGCUGUGAAGAGGCUUUCGAAAGAUUCAGGGCAAGGGCUGACUGAGUUCAAGAAUGAGGUUAUAUUCAUUGCAAAACUGCAGCACCGGAAUCUUGUUAGACUCUUGGGAUGCUGCAUUUAUGGGGAAGAGAGAAUGCUAAUUUAUGAAUACAUGCCCAACAGAAGUUUGGAUCGCUAUAUUUUUGAUAAAACAAGGGGUACUUCACUAAAUUGGCAGAAUAGAUAUGACAUAAUAAAUGGGAUUGCUAGAGGGCUUCUCUAUCUUCAUCGAGAUUCAAGGCUUAGAAUCAUUCAUAGGGACCUUAAAGCCAGCAACAUUCUCCUAGAUGGUGAGAUGAACCCUAGAAUAUCAGACUUCGGCUUGGCAAGAACGUUUGGAGGUGAUCAAUCAGAAGCAAACACAUCUAGGAUCAUUGGAACUUAUGGAUACAUGUCUCCUGAAUAUGCAAUGGAGGGUCAUUUUUCAGUGAAGUCUGAUGUAUUCAGCUUCGGUGUGCUGGUUUUAGAGAUUGUCAGUGGAAAGAGGAACAGAGGAUUUUAUCAUCCUGACCAUGACCUCAACCUUCUAGGACAUGCAUGGAAAUUGUGGAAUGGAGGCACGCCCAUGGAACUGAUUGACCCUUUCAUGGAGAAGCCAGUUUCCACCCUAGAAGUGUUAAGGUGUAUCCAAGUGGGUCUCCUGUGUGUACAGCAACGACCUGAAGACAGGCCUACAAUGUCAUCAGUUCUCCUGAUGUUGGACAGGGAGAAUCCUUCUCUUCCUCAACCUAAACAACCUGGAUUUUAUACAGAAAGAUUUUUAACAGUGACCGAUACUUCAUCAACCGGAAAGAUGCCACGCAACUCGAAUGAAAUAACUAUUUCAAUGCUGCAGGGUAGAUAGAAAGUAAUUCUACUUCUGUAUGUUUGAAAUUUCGAUUGAAGACAUGGCUGAAUAGUCACCACUCUUUUCCUCCAAAUUCUUAAAUUUGUAAAUAAUGAAGAAAAUAUGUUUUCGUCUUUUUACAAAAGAUAUUUUAGUGAGAUACAUUCAUGUCUUUAAACUUUCAACCUGUUACCAGCAACUGUAACUAUAAAGUCUCGAAUGAAAAAAGUUUCAUACCCAGAAAUUCGAAGAACAUCGACAGCAUUAAUGUCCAUAGGUAAGUGGAGAAAAAUAUAAAAUCAUCAAGCAAAGUCUUUAUCUUGA